UCUCUGUGUCUCUCUCUCUGUCUCUCUGUGUGUCUGUGUGUCUCUCUCUGUGUCUCUCUCUGUGUCUCUGUGUGUCUCUGUGUGUCUCUCUCUAUCUCUCAGGGAGGGGGGAGGCCAGACUGCACAAGGCGAGCUGCGGGGAUUCACGAUGCCUGGCUCCUAAUCACCGCUGCAAGCACCGGUAGUGUGCCCAGGGUUCAGCCCAGGGUUCAACCCCUGGACAGUCACGCACACGAGAUUAAACCAGCUCAAAGUGUCUACAGAGUUUAAGCUGCGCUCCCUGGGCCCACGAGCGGCCGCGGCUCGCACGGCGGAGGCCACGCUGGUGCGUGGCGGUGGGGGGGGCAUGAGCGCGCUCCCCAAGGCCAUGAGUCCGCUGAGCCCCGAGGAGCGGCUCCACGCCGACGAUUUUGCGAUCCGGCCGCCCUCCUUGAUCACCUCCAUCUACUCGGCGGCGCCGCCAACGCCACCGCCCUCCGUCAACAUGGCCCUUCGCAGUGACCUGGGCUCCAACAUCAGCCUCCUCAAGACGCUGAACCUGCGCUUCCGCUGCUUCCUGGCCAAGGUGCACGAGCUGGAACGACGGAACCGGCUGCUGGAGCAGCAGCUGCUGGCGGCGCGGAGGCACUCGGCAAAGCAGCGCGACGUCUCCACGCAGACGGACGCCUCCAUCCUGUCGCUGGCGGCAGGCUCGGCGUGGAGCUAUGCUCGGCGCGUGGGGGGGGGCGGUGCCGCCGCCGCUGCCGCCGCGAUGGAGGCACGCCGCGCGUCGGGGCUCGGCCUCCCUACGGUGCACGGCGUCGGCGUCGGCGUGCAGAUCGACACGAUCACCCCCGAGAUGCGCGCCCUCUACAACGUGCUCUCCAAGGUCAAGCGCGAGCGGGACCACUUCAAGCGCAAGUGGGAGGAGGAGCUGGCGCUGCGCCUGGCGUUGCAGGACACCGUGGUCGUCCUGCAGGAGGAGGCGAAGGAGGCCGAGUUCAUCCAGGACGACCUCACUCAGAAGAUGGAGCGGCUCAAGGCCGAGCUGGUCGUCUUCAAGACCCUGCUGAAUGACCAAAUGACGGACCUUGACAGCCGCAUCCAGGAGAAGGCCAUGAAGGUGGACAUGGACAUCUGCCGUCGCAUCGACAUCACGGCGCGGCUGUGCGACAUCGCGCAGCAGCGCAACUCGCACGACAUGAGCCGCAUGUUCACGUCCCUGCAGUUCUCGCCCAUCAAGGCGGUGGGGACGUCGGCUGGAGUGGGGGGCCCCGGGGGGGCCGCGGGGACCCCCGGGGCCCCGCGCAAGAAGGAGGCUCAGGGGCAGCAAGUGGGGGGCCCCGGGGGGGAGCAGCUCGAGGGAGGGGACGAAGAUCGCUCCGCCCUGACGCUUCUCGAGGGGACCGCAUCGAUGGAGGUUGUCUCGCUGGAGGCGGUGACCCCGUCCGUAGCAACGGCGCCGUUACCGGGGGCGAUCAACGACGACGAUGAGAACUCCUCGUCCGGGAACAUCACGGACGAGAUGAAGCGCAUCAUCAACACGCUGCGAGAGACGAUGGACUUUGAGGACGACUGCGACAGCCUCGCGUGGGAGGAGACGGAGGAGACGCUGCUGCUGUGGGAGGACUUCUCGGCGUCCCCUCCCAGCGGCGCCGAGGCCUCCCCUGGCGAGAACGACGACACGGUGGAGCGGGUUAUCCUGGAGACGGAGUCUCUGCUCAAGACGCGCGAGCGUGAAUACCAGGAGACGAUCGGACAAAUUGAGCUGGAGCUGGCGAGCGCUAAGAGCGACAUGAGCCGCCACCUGCACGAGUACAUGGAGAUGUGCAGCAUGAAGCGCGGCCUCGAUGUGCAGAUGGAGACGUGCCGCCGCAUGAUCGGCCACUCGCACACCGAGGACGGGUCGACCCCCGAGACUCCGUCCGGGCAGCAUGAGUCUGAGGGGUCGCAGGACAGUGAUUCUGCGGAGCCUGAAGACGCCCCGGCCUCCUGAGCACGGGUUCAACUCCUGAGCGAGGCCAUCGGAAGGCCUCGGCCUCCUGAACCCCAUUCACAGAGCACUACCCCUGACCCCAAACCUUGAACCCAUAAACGGAAAUUCUGAACCCUCAACGUUGAAUCCCUAACCCUGAACCCCAUUCAUAGAGCACUAACCAUAAGCCCUAACUCCGAACCCUGAACCCCAUUCAUGGAGUACUACCCCUGACCCCUAACCCUGAAUCCCAAAUGCCUAACCCCUCAGCCUGAAUCUCCAACCCUGAAUCCCAUUCGCAAAACACUACCCUGAACCCCAUACCCUGAACCCUUGACCCAAAACUCUGAACCCCGCACACAUAACCCUGAACCUCUAAGCCUGAACCCCAUUCACAGAUCACUACCCAUAACCCCAACACUGACCCCUAAACACUUAACCAUAAACCUUAAUCUUGAUCAUGAACCCCCCUUGAAGCCUGAACCGUGAAUGUAACGUGAUUAUAAUGUCACUAAGCCUAGGCUUAAUCCCCUUACCAAAUCUCUUAGCCUAAGUAUUUUAUCCUUUAUUGUUCAUAAAACGAACGCCCAAACCCUACCCCUACAUUAAUAUCUAAACCUACCCCCUCGUCCGACCCGUAUCCUAAUGUUGAACUCCAAUCCUGGUCCUGCCCGAAUCUUGAGCCCAAAUCCCAACACGUAAUCAGGUCACCUUUCCAGAGAGGCAGUGCUGUGGCAUGAAUCUCAAUGGGUUGACCUCAUCUCCUGGUUGAGUAGGGACACGACAACAAUACUACCCCUAUCCUGAUCCCUAACCCCAAUCCUACGCCUAUCCUGAUCCCUAACCCCAAUCCUACACCCAUCCUGAUCUCUAACCCCAAUCCUACACCCAUCCUGAUCCGUAACCCCAAUCCUACGCCUAUCCUGAUCUCUAACCCCAAUCCUACGCCUAUCCUGAUCCCUAACCCCAAUCCUACACCCAUCUUGAUUACGAACCCUAUACCCUACCCCCCUAAUCCUUCUGUCCCAAUACCUAACUCAAGAACUGCUCCUAAUCCUACCCAAAUACCUUACGCAAAUCCCUAUCCCUAUAUCCUCGCCCUACCCGUAUCCUAUCACUUGGCCGCCUAUCCUACCCUCGACCCUUCCCCUAAUCCUACAUCUACCCAAAUCUCCAACCCUCACCCUUACCCAAUGUUCCGACCCUAUCCGUUUCCUAUCACUCGACCACCCGUCCUGACCUCUAACCCUGACCCCACCCCCCAACCCAAAACCCCCCACUCUGACCCUCUGGCCUCCGACACUCGCGCCUAGCCCCAUUCGUAGCAGCGGCUCUCAUUGUGACUCUCACGGCCUAACCCCCCCCCCCCCCCCACCAUCUCACCUGCGUAACCCCCCUCCCCCCACACCCCGUCAACAAACGGGACCUCGCCUGGUAGUGAAAUGAAAUCGGCGACGCGCACCGCCACCAGCGGCCCUUCUCUUUGUAGCUGCUACCCCCCCCCCCCCCCCACCGCCCCACCGGUCAAAGGCUCCGGAGGGAGGUGGCGGUGGGCAGGAACGCGCGCGCCUCCCUCCUUCCCUCCAAUGUUAAACGCGGGUGGGUGGGGGAACGGGGAAAAUAUACACGAGAGCGAGAGCAUGGAUUCCGUAACGCUUCGCGGCUCUCUUCUCUCCCCCGCGGGGCGUUCUGGGGAAACGUUUCGGUCGCGUUUCAUCCGCAUCUGGGUGGCGGAUUCUUGCGACGAGGACGGCUCCGUCGGUACUUGCCGUGGACGGGACUUUGGAGGAGUCCGUCCGGUGUUGGCCGUCGUCUCCUCUGGCAAGUGUGGUGGCUCAAUCCCUAGGGGGCCUACGACUCGAUGUCAGUGGUGCUGCAUGGUAUCCAAACCGGGCCCGGGCUGCCCCCCCCCACCUCUUUGCCAGCCCACACUGACUGGUUAGGUUAGUGUUAGGCUAGGGUUAAGUUAGUGUUAGUUUAGGGUUAGGUUAUGUGCGGGUGGUGGUGGUGGGGGGGGGUGGUGGCGCAGCGGUUAGCGCACUCAGCCACCACUCACCCGGCAACCUGAGUUCGAUUCCCACUCACAGCCCAGCCAGCAUCAGUGGUAGGUGACAUCCACCAGUCGUAUUCACAACACCACGCAGGCCAGCAUGGUGAAGUAUAGUCAAAUGACCGACAUGGCAUGUGGAGGUAGAUCUUCAUCCAGCAGCGGAUUGACAGAGGAACGUUAGUUUUAUGACUGCUUACACAGAGUUGCAGCGGUCAAUGUGUCAUUAGCAUGGUUGGCUCCGUCCGGUGCGAAAUAAGUUCAACGUGUACAUGCGUAUAAUGUGGCGAGAUACUAACUACCUCGCCUGUUAUACAGGAGGUUGUGGGUUCGAUCCUGACCCUGACGCCGGAUGCAUGUUCUCUCCGUGGUCGCGUGGAUUUUUCCCCAGUUUUCCCCUCCACACACGUUUGGAGUAUU